UGACUGUAUGACGUGUCCAGAUGAUUCUUGGUCUAAUGAGAAAAAGGUAACCUGCAUCCAAAAGCAGGUAGAGUACCUGUCCUUUUUAGAAUCCCUGGGAGCAAUCUUGAUGGCUGUGUCCAUUUUCUUUUCCAUUAUUCCUGCAGCCAUAUUGUGGAUAUUUAUUAAGUAUCGGGACACACCAAUAGUGAAAGCAAACAACCGUAACCUCAGCUACUUCCUCCUGGUUGCUCUAAUUCUUUGCUUCCUCUGUUGUUUAAUAUUUAUUGGAAAACCAAACAACAUAAGUUGUUUGUUGCGGCAAACUGCAUUUGGUAUAAUAUUUUCUGUUUGCAUCUCUUCUAUUCUUGCAAAAACUAUAAUUGUCUUUAUUGCAUUCAGUGUAAGAAGACCAGGAGGACUCCAGAAGAAGUGGCUUGGAACCAGGACGCCAGUAUUUAUUGGUCUUUUUUGCACCACUGUACAAGUCAUAAUAUGUUCUGUUUGGCUUGGAUACUCUUCACCUUUUUCAGUAAAAAACAUGAGUUCUUUUAAAGACAAAAUAAUAAUUGAAUGUGACGAAGGAUCAGUUACCAUGUUUUAUUCCAUGCUGGGGUAUCUAGCUAUUUUGGCAAGUGUGUGCUUCAUAGUUGCUUUCUUAGUACGUAAAUUGCCAGAUAGAUAUAAUGAGGCAAAAUUCAUUACAUUCAGCAUGUUAAUAUUUAUUAGUGUUUGGCUGGCAUUUAUACCAGCAUACCUCAGUACCAAAGGAAAAUAUUUGGUUGCUGUGGAGAUGUUUGCCAUCUUGUCUUCAGGAUUUGGCCUUUUGAGCUGUGUUUUCUUUCCAAAGUGGUACAUUAUCAUAUUAAGACCAGAGCUGAAUGCUAAAGAAUCUGCAACACAGAGCUCAUGCUAAAUGGCUAAAAUAAAUUCAGAAAAUUAUCGAUUUCUAGUUCAAAGAUAAAUUAGCUGAAGAACACUAGGCUUCAUGAUACUGACUAAUGAGUACCAAGAGAUUUAACUUGAUGUUAUUGUAAUCGAUGUGUAUUAAUUUUAAGUGUUAUAAUACAAUAAUGCAGACACUAAUAAUGAGAGAGAGACAUCACCAAAAAAUAUUUUGCUUGUGAAUCUAUCUUAUAUUUAGUUUUCUGAGUUACAGCUCACAAGGUUAAUAAUCACAGCUGUAUGUCCCAGAACUGCAAGCUUUAUUGAAAGUUAUUUAAUUUCUCUUUAAUACAUUAUUUUACAUUUAUUACUGUUUCCCAUGUUACAUAAGUUAGGAUUGAGGUUUAUGCAUUAGUAAAUGGUUGAAAUGUAAUUAAUUUAAA